GAAAUAACCAUCCGCAGAGAGAGAAAAUGUCCCCUUUAUUGAUCACCGCAAAGAGAAGCUUGGGGAACUUCUAUAUGAAAAACGCCAUUAUGGAAAGUCUAAAUGGGCUUGUGUCAAAGUACAAGAAGAACAAUAUGAACAGAGCAUAUGCCUUGGAUUCAUGAAGAUUAUGAGAUAUAUUUGUGAGCAGAAUUCCUCAGGUCUGUACUUGGGCAUGACUGUUCCUAUAGUGACCAUUGUCCACAUGGGUGAAAAUGCACCAGAGAUCACGAGGCUGGUGACCGUCGCAUACUACCUCCCCAGAGCGCUGCAAGAUCAGCCGCCGGAGCCCUACGAUCCAGAUAUUGUCAUUGAAGAGUGGCCUCCAGCCAUUGUUUAUGCCAGGGGCUUCAGAGGUGCCACUAAUGAAGAUUCCAUCAUGAGAGAAAGACAUUUGCUGGCAGAACUUCUGGAGAGUCCUGAGCUGUGUUUGCCAGACACCUUCAUAGUUGCAGGUUACACCAAUCCAGCAGCUACAAAUCGACAGAACGAAAUAUGGUUUCUUGAAAGGCAAUAAAGCUGUUUCUGAGCUGUGGACCACUGACUGAACACCUUCAGAAUGUGCAAGUGAAAACUUGAGGCCAAUAUCUCAAGGAUAUCAAUAUAUCACCCAGCACAGCCUGAGAAACCAGCGCCUUUCCUCAGUAAUAUGUGAAAUCUUUACUGUCUUUUCACUGACACUGGUCUUCUAACACUGUGGUUCUCAAACUUUUCUAUGCCCUACACUCCUAGGGAAUGUUUGAUUAAUGUCCACACCCCCUUCAAAAGUAAGAACACAUUUGAAGAUGAAGAAGUCUAAAUUUUUAAUUUUGAAACCCCAAAUUGAACUGCAGACAGUACCACUGGUGUACAAAAAGAACUUUAAAAAGAUAUGCUUUUUAACUCAGUGCAUAAAAUGCAAAUCUAAAUUGAGCAAUUAGAAUAAUAGAAUCCUAGAGUUGGAAGAGACCACAAAGGCCAUCCAGUCCA